AAGAUCGAACGGAAAAAGAGGAAUUGAAGUGGAUUUUGUGUUGCCUGGAUCUGGCGUGAAUUGCCCUGCCUUCCAUAACGGAUGAUCCAUGCUUUGGUUUUGUUUUCAUCAUCAAUCAAUGAAACAGAAACGUAGGAAACCGUUGAUUCAAUUCAGAAGAGAAGAGCUAACUGGAUCGUGGUUCACCUGGGCUGGGCGGUGGAACGGAGCAGAGAAGAGCCAACUGGAAAUCGCAGUUUGCUUAGGUAGGAGGAGAAGAAGCUCUUGCGGCACAGGUAGGAGAAGCUCUAGCAGGUGGGACGAUGCGAAGAAGAGAAAUAAAAUUGAGCGAGGGUUUUUAGGAAUAAAAUUGGAAGAAGCAGAAUCAGUUUGGGAGAAGCUGCUACUACCCAGCUUCUACAAAACUGAUUUUUCAGCCUUUUAAAAUCACUUUUAAAAUCAG